AGUUUGGCCAGUUGCUGCUGGUCUUGUUGCUUGGAACUGGCUGCGCAUUGGAUCACUUGCCAAAGCUCGCUUUAGCCGCACAGACAAAACACGCGCUCGCCAUGUCCAGCCCAACUUAUAAUAAUAAUAAUAAUAAUAGUAAUAGCAAUAAUGGCAGCCAACUGGCGAACAUGGAGCUGCUGACACUGGACAAUCCAGUCUUCUGUUGCUAUCUGUUUUGGGCCACGGUGCUGGUGGCCAAGAUGCUGCUCAUGUCGCUGCUGACGGCGCUGCAGCGUUUCCGCUACAAGCUGCUGGGUCUGGUCCCGCUGGCUGUGCGGCGCAAGGUAUUUCCCAACGAGGAGGAUCUGUUCUUCAAGAACAUUGAAGUGCAGUUCGAUGAUCCGCACGUGGAACGCGUCCGCAGAGCGCAUCGCAAUGACAUGGAGAAUAUUUUGCCCUACUUUAUCAUGGCCUUGAUCUAUGUGUGCACCAACCCCAAUCCCUUGGUGGCCUGCAAUCUGUUCCGCGUGGCUGCCAUUGCACGCAUUGUCCACACGCUCGUCUAUGCCGUCUACCCCGUGCCACAGCCAUCGCGUAUUCUCGCCUUUGCCACCAUGAUGCUGAUUACCUUCUACAUGGCCGCCGUGGUCGCCUUGCGUACUCUGCGUUUUAUUUAAGUGCUUUAAACAAUUGUUGGAUUUAAGCAAGAGCGCCAAAAAGCGCGCAAGCUGGCGUCACUGGCUCACAUUGCCAGGGCAGCACAAAACUGGUCUAGGGUUGCAGAGCUUUAGGGUAUUUUUUUUUUUUUGUAAUUGUAAUUGUAUGCAAACUCAAUAAAUAACUAAUUAGCUGCAAUAGCGCGCGAUGUUGUGAUGUCACAGCUGCAGCUUGAUUACUGACGUCACUGGCUCACGUUUGCCAGGGCAGCACGAACUGGUCUAGGGUUGCAGCGCGAUUUUGUGACGUCACAGCCGCAGCGUUUCCACAAGCGGGCAAACAUUGGAUCGAAACAUGCAACAUGGUAUCAACAAUUUUGGUUUAUGUUUAUCCAUUAAAUUAACUAUAAUUAGCUUGAGAAUAUAACGAAACAAGAGAGAGACCACGCAGGGCGUAAGGCUGCCGCCUAAAUCUAAGUACUCCGACCACACCGCCCAGCAGCCCAGGUCCAGCUUUAGAUAUUGAAGCCAGCAUCGCGCAUGCACUGCUUGUGCGCCUCAAUGAGCUUUGUGCAGUUCUCCUCGCCGUUUUCCACAAUGCUGCACAUACAAAGCAAAACAAAGGUUGACAAUUCAUUAUGAAAAACACAAUGCAAAACAUGUUGCGUCAUCUGCAUUUACUAACCAUUGAUCACGUGCACGCUUCGUUUCGGGACAGGCACAGCAGGCUUUGCAUUUGGGCUUGUCCCCGCCGGCGGACGCUGCGUCUGUGGCCUUGAGCGCGGGCGCUGCAGCGUUCUCAACGACUCCGACUCCCUUGGAUGAAUUGCUGCCCAUUGUGGUUUGUGUUAUUUGCGCGUGAC